GCAGAAACGAAGAAAAAAAUCACCGGCUGGAGCCAUAGUCGUUCUUGCCGUUGUACAGAAUGGCAGCUCCGUCGUCGAAGAAGAAAGCUCUGAGCAGGAAUCCCAAGGAAGCUCCAAAAUUUAACAAGGCUUCGAAGAAGGAGUUUAAAGCUAAGAAGAAGGACUCCAUCAAUGGCGUCCCCAACUCCGAACCAGCCUUGUCUUUGCAGUUAGAAGAUGAUGUCCCAGACUUUCCUCGAGGUGGGGGAAGCUCACUUAGCCAAAAAGAGCGCAUUGAGAUUCGCUCUGAAGUUGAUGCAGAGUUUGAAGCCGGGGAGAAGAUGUUUUUCGGAAAGAGUAAGAAGGGUAAGAAGUUGCGAAAGGAUCAGUUAGAAGCAGAUGAUUUUGGUUCACUUUUUGGAGAUGGGGUAACUGGGAAGCUACCCCGGUUUGCUAAUAAGAUCACGACAAAGAAUAUUUCUCCUGGGAUGAAGCUUUGGGGAGUAGUCGCUGAAGUAAAUGAGAAGGACCUUGUGAUUAGUCUGCCCGGGGGCCUGCGUGGAUUAGUCCGUAAUACCGAUGCAGUUGAUUCUAUUUUGGACGACGAAUUUGAGGAAAAUGAUGGUUGUCUUUCCAGUAUCUUUCAUGUGGGCCAGCUGGUUUCCUGCAUUGUAUUGCAGUUGGAUGAUGAUAAAAAGGGAAAACGAAAGAUCUGGCUUUCUCUGUGCCUUUCAUUAUUGCACAAGGGGUUAUCACUAGAUGCAGUUCAGGAAGGGAUGGUACUUGCUGCGUAUGUGAAAAGCGUAGAAGACCACGGCUACAUUCUUCACUUUGGAGUGCCUUCUUUUACAGGAUUCCUGCCUAAGAGUACUCUUGCAGAGAGCGAUGAUGCCAGGGUCGAACCUUGUCAGCUCUUGAAAGGGGUUGUUACUAGGAUUGAUAAAAAUCGGAAAGUCAUAUAUUUGAAUUCAGACCAAGCUACGGUAUCUAAAUCUGUGAUGAAGGAUGUGAAGGGUAUAUCAAUUGAUCUUCUUGUACCAGGAAUGAUGGUUAGUGCUCGUGUACAGUCAACCCUCGAAAAUGGUGUAAUGCUAUCCUUUCUUACAUACUUCACUGGAACUGUUGAUAUGUUUCAUUUACAAAGUUGUUUUCCAACUACAAAUUGGAAAGAUGAUUACAGCAAGAAUAAGAAGGUUAAUGCUCGUAUAUUAUUCAUUGAUCCGACUACAAGAGCUGUCGGCUUGACACUCAAUCGACAUCUCAUUCAUGAUACUAAUCCUCCAUUGCUUGUCAAAGUUGGAGACAUUUGUGACGAGGCAACCGUGGUCAGGGUUGACAAAAAGAUCGGUCUUCUGCUUGAAAUCCCCUCUAGCCCAGCAUCGAUGCCAGCUUUUGUUGGUCUACCUGAUGUGGCUGAAGAAGAAGUGCCAAAGCUGGAGAAGAAGUUCAAGGAGCGCAGUGUCGUCCGUGUAAGAAUAAUAGGGUUUAGGCAUUUGGAAGGGCUUGCUACAGGGACUCUGAAGGCUAGUGCUAUUGAAGGCCCUGUUUUUACUCACUCCGAGGUGAAACCAGGAAUGGUUGUGAGGGGUAAAAUCAUAGCAGUCGAUAGCUUUGGGGCUAUUGUGCAGUUUCCCGGUGGUUUGAAGGCGCUUUGCCCUCUUCAGCACAUGUCCGAAUUUGAAAUUGCGAAACCAAGAAAAAAAUUUCAGGUCGGCGGUGAACUGACUUUUCGUGUGCUUGGCUGCAAGUCCAAAAGAUUAACCGUGACACACAAGAAAACUCUUGUUAGGUCGAAACUUCCAAUCAUUAGUUCAUAUGCAGAAGCAACUGAUGGACUUGUUAUUCAUGGUUGGAUAACAAAGAUAGAAAAGCAUGGAUGCUUUGUACACUUUUACAAUGGAGUUCAAGGAUUUGCCCCAAGAUCUGAGCUUGGCCUAGAGCCUGGAAGUGAACCAAGUUCAAUGUAUCAUGUUGGCCAGGUUGUCAAAUGCAGAAUUAUCAGCUCUGUUCCUUCCUCUCGUCGAAUUAACCUUAGCUUCAUGAUGAAGGCUACAAGGCUUUCUGAAGAAGAUACUGUGAAGCUGGGCAAUGUGGUUGCAGGAGUUGUUGAGAAGGUGACUCCAUCUGCUGUAGUUGUGAAUGUUAUUGGGAAGCAGUAUGUCAAGGGUAUAAUUGAUACUGAGCAUUUGGCUGAUCAUCAUGAACUGGCUGUCUUGAUGAAGUCAUUCUUGAAACCUGGACAUGAAUUUGAGAAACUCUUAGUCCUUGAUGUUGAAGGCAAAAAUAUAACUCUCUCCGCAAAAUUCUCCCUCAUCAAUUCAGCAAAGCAGCUUCCUUCUGAUAUGAGUCAGAUUCGUCCUCACUCAACUCUACAUGGUUAUAUUUGCAACAUAAUUGAAAAUGGUUGCUUUGUACGCUUUCUUGGCCACUUGACUGGUUUCUCCCCCAGAAGCAAGGCCAUUGAUGAUCCCAGUGUUCAGCUUUCAGAAGCUUUCUACAUUGGGCAGUCCAUCCGUAGUAAUAUUGUCGAGGUGAAUACUGAUACAAAUAGAAUAAAGUUGUCCUUGAAGCAGUCAAUUUGUGCAUCAACUGAUGCAUCCUUUCUUCUGGGAUAUUUUCUUUCAGAGGAUAAGAUAUCGAAGUUUGAGUCCACCGAUGUUAAACGGGCCGACUUGCAAUGGGUGGAAGAAUUUAAAGUUGGUAGUAUUGUUGAAGGAAUAAUACACGAGUGCAAAGAGUUUGGAGUAGUUGUGAGAUUUGACAAACACAGCAAUGUUUUUGGUUUUAUUACCAAUUAUCAAUUAGGUGGGGCAACUUUGGCGACAGGAUCGAUAAUACAAGCUGCUGUUCUAGAUGUUGCCAAGAGUGAACGCCUGGUUGACUUAACCUUAAAACCUGAGUUCUUAAAGACAUAUAGAGAGCAGAGUUCCAGUAGAAAAAGUGAAAAGAAGAAACGAAAAAGUGAAGUAUACAAAGACUUGGAGGUGAAUCAGACAGUUAACGCUGUUGUUGAGAUCGUGAAGGAGAAUUACUUGGUCCUUUCAGUGCCAGACUACAAUUACGCUGUAGGUUACGCUUCAUUAUUGGACUACAAUUCUCAGCGACUACCUCGCAAACAAAUGCUUAAUGGACAGAGUAUUGCAGCCACCGUUGUGGCCCUUCAAAGCCCUUCAACAACUGGCAGGUUGCUUUUUAUUCUCAAUUCUAUCAACCAGAUCACUGAAACAUCAAAUUCGAAAAAAGCCAAAAAGAAGUCGAGCUAUAGUGUUGGAUCACUUGUUCAAGCAGAGGUUACUGAAAAGAGGCCCCUUGAAAUGAAAGUGAAAUUUGGUGUUGGUCUUCGUGGGAGAAUCCAUAUUACAGAGGUUGCUAAUGCUGGCCUCUCAGAAGAUCUGUUUGGCGACUUCCGAAUUGGGCAAACAGUGACUGCUAGGAUUGUUGCAAAAGCUGGUCAAUCAGAGAAUAAGAAGGGCGUGCAGUGGGAACUUUCUACAAAACCUGAAGUGCUGGCAGAUUUAACCGAGCUAAACAACAAUCUCAUGCUCGAGAAUCACGAGUUUUCUUCUGGAGAAUGUAUUAGUGGCUAUGUAUACAAAGUAGACAGUGAAUGGGCAUGGUUAGCUGUAUCUCGAAGUGUACAAGCACAGCUUUUCAUUUUGGAUAGUUCUAGUGAACCUAGUGAACUCAAGGCAUUUCAGCAACGUUUUGCUGUGGGCAAGCUGGUCAAGGGGUAUGUUUUGACAUAUAACAGAGAGAAGUCCUUGCUCCGUGUUGGAAACAGUCCUUCGCGUGCACGCAAACAAACUGAUGGUUCUCAAGAUAACAUUACUGCUCAUAUUCAUCAAGGAAAUGUGGUAGGGGGCAGAAUCACGAGAGUUUUUCCAGGUGUCGGUGGAUUGUUUGUGCAAAUUGGCCCUCAUUUACAUGGUAAAGUUCAUUUCACUGAACUUAGAGACUCGUGGGUGCCUGACCCUUUGGCUGGAUAUCACGAAGGGCAAUUUGUCAGAUGCAAGGUUCUGGAGAUUAGCCAAUCAGACAAGGGCACUGCUCAUAUAGAUCUCUCACUACGGUCAUCUCUUGUUGGCAUGCACAGUCACAGUUCAUCGGAUCCUUCUGAAAAUAUGGAUUCUCCAUGCAGGCAUGUGGAAAAGAUUGGGGAUCUUCACCCAAAUGAUGUUGUUCAGGGUUAUGUUAAGAGUGUUACUACAAAGGGAUGUUUCAUUUUGCUUUCAAGGAAGCUUGAUGCAAAAAUACUUAUGUCGAAUCUUUCUGAUGGAUACAUUGAGAAACCUGAAGCGGAAUUCCCAGUGGGUAAACUUGUUGUUGGAAGAAUAUUGUCUGUGGAGCCUUUAUCAAAUCGAAUUGAAGUUACUUUGAGGACAUCAAACUCUAGAAGUGAGGCAAAAUCUCAGAAGAAUGAUUUGAGCCACCUAAGCGUUGGAGAUAAAGUUUCUGGCUUGAUUAGGCGGGUGGAAUCAUAUGGAUUGUUUAUAACACUGAACAACACAAACAUAGUUGGACUGUGUCAUGCAUCACAGCUUCCAGGUGAUCAUGUUAGCAACAUUCAAAGUAAAUAUAAAGCUGGAGAGAAGGUUACAGUAAAGAUAUUGAAGGUGGAUGAGGAAAGGUCUCGAAUCUCGCUUGGCAUGAAAAACUUGGAAACUCAAGGUGACCUUGACAGAAAUGGAGAUGGAUCUGUUGCAGGUGGAGGGGGAGACAGUGAUUCAACUGAUGAUAGUGACUCCAAUUUGAUAAUUGUUCCUGGGAGUAGUUUAGCUGAGAAACAAGAUUCGGACUCUGAAGAUGGAGGUGAAGAACAAACAAUUUUUGCAGAAACAUUAUCAAGGGCUUCCAUUCCUCCAUUGGAAGUGAACCUUGAUGACAUGGAGGAAGAUAAUGCAGACGAUCAGAUUUGUCAUCAGCAGGAGCACAAUGAUGAACAAGGCCCUAUAGACAAAAAGAAAAUGAAAAAAGAAAAAAGUAAAACUAGGGAAGAGAGGGAGAAAGAGAUUAGAGCUGCUGAAGAAAGACUGCUGGAGAAGGAUAUACCAAGAACUGCGGAUGAGUUUGAGAAACUCCUUCGAAGCUCUCCUAAUAGUAGUUUCAUUUGGAUAAAGUACAUGGCCUUCUUGCUUAACACUGUUGAUGUAGAGAAAGCUCGUGCAGUUGCGGAAAGGGCUCUGAGAACAAUAAGUUUCCGAGAAGAGACUGAGAAGCUCAAUAUCUGGGUAGCCUACUUCAAUUUGGAAAACCAGUAUGGAAUUCCCCCAGAGGAGGCUGUGAAGAAAUUGUUCCACCGUGCCCUGCAAGUUUGUGAUUCCAAGAAGGUCCACCUGGCACUAUUGGGAAUGUAUGAAAGGACUGAACAGAAUGAGCUGGCUGACGAGCUUCUUGACAAAAUGCUCAAGAAGUUUAAGCAAUCAUGCAAGGUUUGGUUAAUUAGAAUGCGGAGGGUCAUGAACCAAGAAGAAGAAAAGGUUCAGUCAGUAGUACAAAGAGCUAUAUUGAACCUUCCCCGGCAUAAGCACAUAAAGUUUAUCCGGCAAGCUGCUCUCCUUGAGUUCAAAAAUGGGCUUCCUGAUAGAGGCCGUAAUAUGUUUGAAGGAGUUUUGAGGGAGUACCCGAAGAGAACUGACUUGUGGAGCAUUUAUAUAGACCAAGAAAUCAAACUUGGAGAUUCAGAUGUUAUCCGCUCAUUGUUCGAGAGAGCAAUUACUUUAAGCCUCGCGCCUAAAAAGAUGACAUUCUUGUUCAAGAAAUAUCUCGAGUAUGAGAAGUCUAUGGGCGACGAAGAGAAAAUUGAGGCUGUGAAGCAGAAAGCACUGGACUAUGCGCGAUCUGAACUGGUAUAGUAUAACCACUUCGGUGGGAUUUACAAACUCACUGAUUCCAUCUGCAUCAGCAGUACAGGUGUGUUUGAAGUCGAAAAUUCUGCUCUUUGUGAAGAUGCAGUAUCCCAGACGUUUUAUUAUGAUCUGUGCUAAGGCGAUUUGAGUAUGGAGAAUUGUCCAGUGGGAUUUUUGCUAGGUUUUUGCCCACAUUUCACUGAUCUUGUAUCGUGUAGAAUUUGUAUCCUUUACGUACCGGGAUCGAGGCCACUGUAAACUAAAUUUAUUACUUUUCGCCUUCUUAUUGAUAUGUAUACAUUUUCUGUCCAAG